CUCGUUCAUGCAAAGCCCAGACCGAACCAACCGCACAGCUCAAAAACCCAACGGCCGCGAGUGAGUUCUUGUUUGAGAAGUACUCGCCCUUCCCAUCCAUGGGAUCCCAGCCCCCUUCAUUGAACACCACGUGUUCCAAUUUUCACUCUCCUUUCCUUUUCUCCAAAUUCUCUCUUUCCAUCUCAUUCAUCUUCUCAAUUUUGUCGUUUCUGUACAAAAUUCUUCGUCCUUAUGCAGUUCUAUCAAUGGCGGAUGUCAAUCUAAGCCCAUGAUUUUGAAGAAGUUACAAAAAAAAAGAAACUACGUGGAGCUAGAUAGAUACUGGAAAAUGCAAGGCAAAGAAUCUGGCACUUCCGGCUUCUUUCUUCCUGACGGAGUCUUGCAAGUUCUACCUUCUGAUCCUUUUGAACAGCUCGAUGUGGCUCGCAAAAUCACUUCCAUUGCUCUUUCUACUCGCGUAUCCUUGCUUGAAUCGGAAUCCUCUGUUCUGCGUUCUAAACUUGCUGAGAAAGAUGAGAUCGUUGCUGACCUUCGGUUCCAGAUCGGAUCACUCAACGCUUCACUCUCCGAGACUGCUGACAAACUCGCUCAGGCAGAUGAGGAGAAGGAGAGUUUGGAGAGAGAGAAUGCCUCCUUGUCGAACACUGUGAAGAAGCUCAGUAGAGAUGUUGCGAAGUUGGAGGUUUUCAGAAGGACGUUAAUGCUAUCACUUCAGGAGGAGGGAGAUAUCUUUACAGAAGCUUCAGAAGUUGUUGCCAGGAUACAGAGCCAACCAAGUGAAUCUACUAUUUUACAAAUUGAAGAAGAGUUUUCAUCCUUGCCACCCUCUAGAUAUUCAUCGGUUCAGAGCCAAGUUUCCGAAGUAGGAAGUUCGUUAGCAGAGGAUCAUGAUUCAGAUAGCAUACGACCUCGUAUUGCGCCUGGCCUCCUGUUAGCGUCCCAGACAAGUACGCCUCGGCUUACUCCCCAUGGUUCUCCUUCUUCACUAUCAGCGUCAGGAUCCCCAAAGAGAACAUCUAAACCUGUGUCACCUGGGCGACAUUCAAUGUCUUUCUCAACCUCCAGGAACAUUUCUGGAGAUAGAUCUUCAGUAUAUUCUUCUGCGCCCUCGAGCCAUUAUGUCUCCAUUUCCUCUAGCACAGGGAGAACUCGGGUCGAUGGGAAGGAGUUUUUCCGACAAGUCAGGAACCGUUUGGCUUAUGAACAGUUUGCUGCAUUUUUAGAAAUUGUAAAGGAUCUAAAUUCCCACAAGCAAACAAAAGAGGAUACUCUUCAGAAGGCAGAGGAGAUAUUUGGCGACGACAAUAAGGAUCUUUAUGCCAUUUUUGAGGGAUUGAUUAAUCGCAAUCUCUAGUAAAGAAAAUCAAAUCAGAAAUGUAGUUAAAGAUUGGCAUUGCAGCUAUCAGGAUCGUUGGCAGCAACUGUACAUCCAACAACGGCCUGUGGUAAAUUUGUCAUGAAAUUGCAUUGAAAUUCUUUCCUUACAUUCUGUCAUCAAAGUGUGUAAAUUAUGAUGCUAGUUAAGGAUGAAUAUUAACUUAUAGUAAGAUGGCACCUUGCUGAUAUAUACGUACAUUUAGGGGGUAAUCAAUGAUCAAUAAACAUUAUUUAA